AGGCUACCAUUUGAAUUACAUUUGUAAUUUUUGGCAAUGGCUGUCUCUUAGCAUUACCUGCAAUUUUGAUUUUGUUUUGUUUUGAGGCAGAGUAAUCCGAAAGUAUGGCGACGCCGCUGGAACAAUUUAUUGUUAAAGUUCGCAGUUUAUCUUUUCCUGUGACUUUUGAACCACUUCAUGAUUUCGUUUCAAAAAGUUCAUCGCUAUUACUGAAAAAUUCUAAUCUUUUGGAUGAUGUGUUGGAAACUCUAGAUAUCCAGGAACAUUCAAUUGGUGUAUUAGCUGUGUUAUGUGUAAAGUUAAGUCUUCCUGUUGUGCCAGAUUUUGAUGCUCAGUUUUUUCGGGUUCAAGAAUUCAUAAACAAUUGCAAUGGCGAACAAGUUAGGUUUGCUCCAGACAUGUUUGGUCGCCUUUGCCAGUUGUUCACAAUGUGUCUUGUUGAAAGGCAGCAGUACAUACGUGGCAUUCCCAUCCUUAUUAAAGCUAUCCAAAAAAUUCAACUUUUUCCAUCACAAUUGACAUCCAUCCAUGCAUGUUUAUGUCAGCUAUGUUUGUUGGCAAAAUGUAUGAAACCUGCAUUACCCUUUUUAGACACAGACAUAACAGACAUCAAUAAAGAGAGAGGAGCCUUUGAAACCAAGUCUUUCCUCCUGUAUUAUUAUUAUGGUGGAAUGAUUUAUACCAGUUUGAAGAAUUAUGAUAGAGCUCUCUACUUUUAUGAAGUUGCCAUCACAACUCCUAGUAUGGCUGUGAGUCACAUCAUGUUAGAAGCUUACAAGAAAUACAUCCUUGUGUCCUUAAUAUUAUAUGGAAAGAUUCCAAAUCUUCCAAAAUUUACAUCUCAUGUUGUAGGAAGGUUUAUUAAGCCUCUAAGUCAAGCUUAUCAUGAUUUAGCAACAGCCUAUGCCACAAACACUCCCGCAGAAGUUCGAGCUGUCAUUCAUAAACAUAAUGAAGUAUUUGUUAGGGAUAACAACAUGGGGCUUGUAAAGCAAUGUGUAUCUUUCCUAUACAAGAAAAAUAUUCAAAGGCUAACUAAGACUUUCUUAACCUUGUCAUUGAGUGAUAUGGCUACCAAAGUGGAACUCUCAGGACCUACAGAGGCAGAAUUUUAUGUUUUAAAAAUGAUUGAAGAUCAGCAAAUUUUUGCCUCUAUUAACCAAAAGGAUGGUAUGGUAGUUUUCAAGGACAAUCCCGAAAAAUACAACACUCCUGGUAUGUUCCAGCAGCUGGAAGAAGAAAUGAAAAAAUGCAUUCUUCUUGAUGAAAAAUUAAGGCAAAUGGACCAAGAGAUAACCAUUAAUUCAAAAUAUAUUCAAAAGAGUUCUGAAAUGCGUGAAUCUUAUGAAGGAUCUGUUUCUAUCGCUUCUGAUGUUAAUACUCAACCAUUGCCUCAUGUAGCCAUUUGGCUACAAGGUUUUUAUUUCCAUUUAUAAACUUCACAUGGCUGUUCCAAAGGGCAACAAUGAGUGUUUGGAGAUCUCUUUUUCAAUGCUUUUUGAUGAACAUUUGUAGAAAAGACUGAUAUAUGGCUUUAGUGGUACUAGAAAGAUUUAAACUGGAGACUUGGCAAAAUAAAAAGUUGUCUUUUGUAUGAACAGUUCUACCUUUUAAAUAUCAAAAUAUGUACUGUUUUUGCAUUGUAAAAUAUUGGUAAAAAGGGAUUUUUAUUGCAGAAUUAUUAUAAUGUGAUUUGUGUUGCUGGGACAUUGUUUAAUUCAUAAUGCAGUUAU